UCAGGGGAGACAGCCGUCCCCCCCGUGAGAUCCCGGCAUAUAUAGGAGCUGCGGGGCACCGCGGGCCGAUCGCAGCCGCUCCGUGCCGCCAGGGGCUCCGCAGCGCCAUGGCCGCGGCCCCGGCCCGGGCGGCGGGGCGAGCAGGUGAGCGGCGGGCGGCGGGCUGGGGGCGGUCGGGCACACCCCGACACUCCGCGCCCGACGCCGCCGCCCUCUCCGCAGACGGGAUUGCGGCGCUGGCGCUGCUGUGGCUGCUGGUCUGCGCUCCGGGGGACGCCGGCUGUCACCCCCUGACCGUGGCCGAUCUCUUCGACCGGGUGAUCCGGCACUCGGGCAGGAUCCACAGCCUCUCCACGGCGCUCUACGCCGAGCUGGAAAAACACUUUCCUCCCCGCGACAACGAGCUGGGAAGGCCCGCUCGGAAGUGCCACACGUCGGGGAUGCUGACCCCCAACGGCAAAGAAUACGCCCAAAAAAUCCCGAGAGAAGAACUAACUCACGUGAUACUGAAACUUCUGCAAGCCUGGAAAGAACCACUUUCCCACUUUAACCAGCAUAUUGAGCACCAUCAAGAGCUACCUGAUGACAGCCUUAGCAAAGCUAAGCAAAUCAGCAAUAUGGUACAUGAGCUGAAGACUGGAGUCGAGAAAGUAACAGAAAAGAUGCAGUCAAUGGGGAUCAUCAGCAACUCAUUAAAUGGAAUGGCAUCAUCUGAAGGAACUGGUUUAUCAAUUAGUAAUGCAGCAAACAUGAUGAGUGACUCUGAUUUCAUUCACUGUUUUAGGAGAGAUUCCAAUAAAGUACAAAGCUACUUAAAAAUUCUCAAAUGUAGGAUUAUGCCGCCAAAUACUUGCUAAACUCUAAUCCCUUGACAAGUAGUCUUCAGCAUGCAGAACCUUGAGGGACAUGUCACUGGCCUCCACCUGGACAUGAGAGCCACUGCUCACAAUCCCCUGGAUGCAUCCCACCAGCCAAUUCCUUAACCACCAAAUAGACCAGCCUCCAAACCUAUGUCUGUCCAAUUUGGAGAUAAGGAUGUCAAAUGGGACCUUGUGGAAAGCCUUACAGAAGCUGAAAUAUAGGUACAACAUAGUUGAAAGUAAGAUUCAACCUGUUAAA